UUUAUUCCAAUGUUCCUUCCUUGUAUAGCUCGAGUCCGAGAGAAGAAGUGAGAAAGAAAGAAAAUCGAUCCCAAUAAACAUGGCGGGGGUUAGGCAGAGAGCAGUGACGACUCUCCCGAACAUCAUUCGAAGUCUCCGAAAGGAGCCAUUGAAGCCUCAAAACCAUUCUUUGCCUUCUCUUCGACGCGCUUUUUCUCUCUACGAUCAAAUCAACCUCAUUGACCAAGUCCCCGAUGACACCCUCCGAUUCCAAGGGUAUACUGAUACAGGGUUUACUGUGAAUGGUGUUGAAUAUGAAGGGAGCUUGCUUUGUGUUGGAAAUUUGCUCUUAUCUUUGAAAGCAAACAAGUUCUCAGAUAUCAAUGCUAAUAGCUUAUCGCUCUUCCAAAUUAUUCGGCCUAUUCCAGAGAUUUUGAUUAUUGGCUGUGGAAGAUACAUUCAACCAGUGCAUCCUGAACUUCGUCAGUUUGUUCGCUCUACUGGCAUGAAGUUGGAAGCUGUUGACUCGAGGAAUGCUGCUUCAACCUACAAUAUACUGAAUGAGGAAGGUCGUAUUGUGGCUGCGGCGCUUCUUCCAUAUGGAGUUUCUUCAUGAACUUUAGACUUGUUGCUUGAAUUUUCCACAUUAUCACCAUUUAAAGAUCGUAGCCUAGGUGGUUCUUCAGAAAUGCUUUAAUUUUUAAUAAUUUCCCAUGAAGAAAGUUUUGACAUAGCACUUGUGAAUUAAGAGCGAGUCCUUUGUAAUAAUAAUUAAAAUGUAUAGGCUCUUGCACUCAUAAAUAAACAACUUUGAUCUUCAGGUAGUUGCUAUUUGAUCUUGAAUGUCAUAUCAGUUUGUCUGGGUUGAAAGGGAAACUACAUUGUUCAAAGGGUUUUGCACUUGAAAGCUAAGGAUUCAAAACUAACAGUUGUUUUUAUGGAAAUAAAUUCCUGAGUUUCAUGAA